AAGCCCUGGCCGCCGCGCGGGGGGUGAGCUGGCGGCGGGGGCGGCGGGCAGCGGAGCGCAGCGGACCGGGCGGGCCGAGCGGACGAGCCCGGCGGCGGCCGGAGACCGGCGAUCCCUGCGGGUCUCGGAAGGAAGAAAUGACGUAAAUCAUUGACUAUCCUAGCUUCAAGGUCAAAGGCAGAAGGAACUUCAGGAAGAACAUGGCCUGGCCCAGUAUUUUCCAGGGAGGAACUCUGUUCUCGCGGUUCAGCCAUCACCAUGUCGUCGUGUUCCUGCUCACCUUCUUCAGUUACUCCUUGCUCCACGCGUCGAGAAAAACAUUCAGCAAUGUCAAAGUCAGUAUCUCCAAGCAGUGGACACCUAGUGCUUGGAACAAGUCCAUCGAGUUGCCCGCCGAGAUCUGGAGCCGCAACCACUUGUUCCCCAGCGCAGCGGAAGCCACGCUUUUUCUCGGAAUGCUGGAUACCAUUUUCCUCUGCUCCUACGCCGUGGGUCUUUUCAUCAGCGGCAUCGUUGGGGACCGGCUUAACUUACGAUGGGUCCUGUCCUUCGGCAUGUGUUCUUCUGCGUUAGUGGUGUUUGUCUUUGGCACGCUAACAGAGUGGCUGCGCUUCUACAACAAGGGGCUGUACUGUUGCCUGUGGAUCGUGAAUGGCCUGCUGCAGUCCACUGGCUGGCCCUGUGUGGUUGCGGUCAUGGGCAACUGGUUUGGGAAAGCUGGGCGAGGAGUUGUGUUUGGCCUGUGGAGUGCCUGUGCUUCAGUGGGCAACAUACUGGGGGCGUGCCUGGCUUCUUCUGUUCUCCAGUAUGGCUAUGAGUAUGCCUUUCUGGUCACGGCCGCGGUGCAGUUCGCUGGAGGGAUCGUCAUCUUCUUCGGACUCCUGGUGUCGCCAGAGGAAAUUGGUCUUCCAGGAAUUGAGGCAGAAGAAAAUGUUGAAGAAGACUCUCACCGGCCUUUAAUCAGUGGUGCUGAAAAUGAAGAUGAAUAUGAGCCUAAUUAUUCCAUCCAAGAAGGCAGUGCGGUCCCCCAAGUCAAGGCCAUCAGCUUCCAUCAGGCGUGUUGCCUCCCAGGCGUCAUACCGUACUCCCUGGCCUAUGCCUGCCUGAAGUUGGUGAAUUACUCCUUCUUCUUCUGGCUGCCCUUUUAUCUGAGUAACAACUUUGGAUGGAAGGAGGCAGAGGCAGACAAGCUGUCCAUUUGGUACGACGUUGGAGGAAUUAUAGGUGGGACUCUGCAAGGCUUCAUCUCUGACCUGUUACAGAAGAGAGCACCAGUGUUAGCUCUGAGUCUGCUGCUGGCCGUGGGGUCCCUCGUAGGAUAUAGCCGUUCUCCAAAUGAUAAGUCCAUUAACGCGCUGCUGAUGGUGGUCACAGGCUUUUUUAUUGGUGGGCCUUCUAACAUGAUUAGCUCUGCUAUUUCUGCGGACCUGGGUCGCCAGGAGCUGGUCCAAGGGAGCAGCGAGGCUUUGGCGACUGUCACAGGAAUCGUUGAUGGAACUGGGAGCAUCGGCGCUGCGGUGGGCCAGUAUUUAGUCUCUUUGAUCCAGGACAAUCUAGGAUGGAUGUGGGUUUUCUACUUUUUUAUUCUCAUGACGAGUUGCACGAUUCUAUUUAUCUCGCCCUUAAUAGUGAGGGAAAUAUAUCACCUUAUGCAGAGACGACAGGCUCACAUACUGCGUGAGUGACCGGUGCCCACAAGAGAAAAAGAACAAUUGGAGAUGUCAAGACUUAUUUCUUUCAGUGCCCUCUGUUUGGGGGUGACCCUAAGAACUCGAGCGUAACCUCAGAUUGCCAGGCCUCUUCCCGCAGCAUCGCCCCCUGAGAUGCUGGCAGCAGUGAAGGCUGGGCUGUUUUUUACACUACAAGAAUUAUUCAUUGCUGUUGCUUCAGGAAUGUGCCAGUGGCCUAGGAAUCUGCCGGCAUCUUUGUUUGGCCUGUUGAGGUUUAUCCCUUUAACCUUAAAUGCCUUUGGACUCGGGCCUGCUCUCCAGCCUGGCCACGAGCGUCCCACCCACUUCGCAUCAGUGAUGUCUCCGGACACAGAAAGGAUCGGUGCAUUUCACUUCUUCAGGAGUGAUUUGCCCGUCCUGGAGAUAUCAGAUCUUGAUAAAGUGCUCAAGCUGGAUCAAGCCAAAGCCUGCCUUGGACAAAGCAUCAUGUUUAAAAGGUGUUGUGUAAAAUCACACCCGUGCUGACUGGCUCUGUCCAUCUGUCUGGUCUGAAGUCAUUCAGCUCUGUUCUCUCGUCUUCAUUCAAAGCCAACUCUGACUCCUUGGCAGUCCACAGACUGCCUUUCACGGACCACAUGGUACACCAGUUGCCUGGGAGCGUUCGGAUGCGUAACUCAGCCCACAUACUUAACUCCAGGUUUGCUGCCUGGAACUCAAGGAUCCACUAGGACAAUAAUCUGGUUAGCUCUGUUUUGGGGGGCCUAAUCUCUGUUACAGUGGGGUUCCUUGAGUUACAUCAGAAGACUAGAAUUAGAGCAAAGGGCAGGCCUUUCUGUCUGAGGAAGCUCUACAUGUGUGGCUUUAGAGCGUCGCAGUGUGUGACCAGGGCCCACGGGGUAACUGUCCUUUAGAAGAUUGUAGAAUACGUGUCUUUAAGGCUGCAAAUUAUUGAUAUUUUAAUUAAUUCAUUAUCAAUAUUUUUAAGGCCAUUCUGUCUCUAGAUUUUAAAAACAUUAGCAACCUAGGGGGGAAAUGUGCAAUUUUGAGGGCUGCCUAAUUUGCAUUGGGUUGGGGGCUAUUUUUCAACCUCUUUCUACUCAGAAAUGUGGUGUGGUCAAUGUUAUUUAAUCGAACAGAUAUCUGAAGUCAGUGGCUCAUGACUGACAAAAAGGGAACAUACGAAACACAGGAAGGAAAAAUAAACUGACUUUUGUAAUA